GGAAAUCAUUAUUACGAUUUGUAACUAAUGAUGUAAAUGUGAAUAAAAAUAAUAAUUUCACUACAAUAAAUUCAAUACAAUAAAUUCAUUAUGAAUGAAUUAAAUGUAGCAAUAAUUUCAUGCCUAAAUUUGUAUAAUACCUACUCUGUGUGCAGUAUCUCUCCGCAUAAUAAUCUGUGAACAUAACAACAUAUCUAUUUGACUAUUUACUUGUAUAAUUCGCUUCUAUUCUUAUUUUAUUUUGAAUUUUUUAAACAAGAAGAAUAAUGGAUAACGAGCCUGAACAAAUAUUUGUACUAAAUUCGUCGGAAAAUGUACCGCUGGCAACCACACAGAAGGAAACUCCCGCGACGCAAGUUAAUUUAGAAGAUGUUUUAGACUUCUCAACAGUUUGCAGAACAUGCGCCACUAUUACAGAAUUUGUGAUACCCAUUUUCCAAGGCGAAGGGUUACAAAACAACUUGGCAGAGAAAAUACACAAAUAUUUACCCAUAAAGGUAUCAGAAGAAGAUGAGCUGCCGGUGGUGGUGUGCUACCAGUGCGCCAGCACGCUGCUGGCGUGCCACGAGCUGGCGCAGUGCAGCCGCCACGCGGAGACCGCGCUGCGGGCGCGCCUGCCGCACCUGCCGCGCCGUGCGCCUCCGCCGCCGCCGCCGCCGCCGCUCGCCGUGCAACAGAAUACUGAUGUGGAGCCCAGUCAAACAAAUGAAAAUGUAGAAAAGAAUCAACCAGAGACCAAGUCCGGCGCCGCCGCCCGCCGCCCGUGCAUCUACUGUCCCGCCCAGUGCUCCGACUCCGUCUACGAGGAGCACCUCGUGGCCGCGCACUCGGACCUACUGUUUCACUGCGAAGAGUGCGACACGUACGUGGACAGGAAGGAUUUCAUCAGGCACAUGUCGCUGCACGCGGUACAGUACUCGAAGAUCUACAACACGGGGGCCGGGGCGGAGAAGAAAGCGGAGGUGUCGACGAGGGGCAAGAUCGAGGGCUCAGAGUUGAACGGGAGCGGGAGCGCGUCGCCGGGACAGAAGGAGAAGCGGGACGACUUGGCCGAGCGACGAGAGGCGGAGCCUCGCGGCCCCGGGGCCGCGGGCGACGCGCGCGUCGACGAGUUCUCGGACCACAGCGACGCCGAGGACCGGUUCGAGCCUCUCCCCGAGUCCGUGUUCGAGGCGAUAGAGGACUCGCAGGACGCGCGGCCCGCGGCGCCGGCCCCCGCGCCCGCGAAGAAGGUGCGCACGUGCCCGAUCUGCUCGAAGACGUACACGGCGUCGUCGAGCUACUUCUACCACAUGAAGUACUUCCACCGCGGCAGCCGCGAGCACGAGUGCGGCGAGUGCGGGCGGCGGUUCGGCACGCGCGGCGCGCUGGCGCAGCACGCGCCGCUGCACACGGGCGAGCGCCGCUUCGCGUGCGCGCGCUGCGGCAAGCGCUUCCGCUCCAACGCGGCGCUGUACGCGCACGCGCGCACGCACGCGGCGGCGGCGGCGGCGGGCGGCGCGCGGCGCUGGGCGUGCGGCGAGUGCGGGCGCGCGUUCCGCUGGCGCGGCGCGCUGGCGCGGCACGCGCGGCGGCACGGCGGCGCGGCGGCGCGGCGCCACGCGUGCGGCGCGCCGGGCUGCGCGCGGCGCUUCGCGGCGCGCUACGAGCUGCUGCGCCACGCGCGCACGCACGCGCCCGCCGCGCUGCCCUGCGCGCACUGCGCCGCCACCUUCGCGCAGCCGCGCUACCUGCGCCACCACCUGCGCCGCAAGCACGCGCACCUCGCCGCCGUGCCGCCGCCGCCGCCGCCGCCGCCGCCGCCGCCCCCGCCGCCUUCUCUAAGCUGUGACUAAUUCUAGUUUUAAGUUAUUUAUUUCCUUUUGUCUAUUGCUUUAAUUGUUUGCGAGUGGUAUUUUUCUUACAUAUAAAGUAAUAAAAUAAAAAUGUACUGUUACUCCUCAGCAAGUAAAUAUUUUACCGUGAACGAGUGAAUCUAUUGAAAUAUUUAUUUACGUGAAUAAACUCAUACCUGCGUAUUAAGUAAAGUACAUUGUACGUCGUCGCUCCCUGCUGACACACCGAACACAAAUAUCUUUGUUACACUGUGUGCCAUAGUAAAUAAUUACAUUAUCGUCGCUCUUCAGAUCUUUUACUAUUUAUUCAAAGUCAAUACAGCACCCUCUUACCUUCGAUUGUAUUCUUCAUCAUUAAAUAAAUUAAUUAAAACAAUAAUAUUUUAGAAUAUCUCCACACAGAUGCUUCGAAAAAAGCGGGUCAACUUUUUCAUACGAUUGUGUACACGACAGUGUUACCAGAUUAGAAAUUAUUAUUUUAGAUUAAAAUAAAUAAGUAAAGGUCUUAACUUAAAAUAUUAUUAGGAAUAAAUAAUACUUUAUAACAUUUAACUUUAUUUAUUUAUUUAUAAUAAUGCGUAGACAAACUGAUUCAGCUCAUGGCGGUAAGAUUCUAAUACGUGUAUAACAUUACGUUGCUGUCUGUUUGUAUUUCAUUAUAUUUCACAAUAAAAUAUUAUUUCUUUAUAUUAUGACAUAACAUCAUAGAUUAAAUAAAUAGAUAGAUAAUUUAUUUGUAUUAUUUACAACGCACAAAUAACAUUAGAUAUUGGUCCAUACUUAAAAAAGAAAUAAAACAAAACAUAUACAAAAAAAAUUACACGAUUAUAACAAAAAAAAAAAAAAUAGAGAAAGAAGUAUGAAAUUUUCGGAAAAGAAUUUUUCAUUGCAUUGGUUUUCAGUUCAGAACCAUUAUUCUAAAUUCAGACCAUGUUUGAAUUCAGAAUAGUUCAGUUAGAAUCAGUUUCAGUCUUUGCCAAGCUGACUGAAUGAAUGAUAUGAAUUCGUCUACAUAUGCACACUGUAUUACAUAUACAGUGUGUAUAUGUAGUCGAAUUCUCUUUUUGAAAUUACUUGAGAAUGGUGGCUGUUUUGUUAAUAAUUCAAGUAAUUGUCUCGUAAUAGUGUACUUUAAUUUGAAUAACAUUAAAUAGUUUUGUUUGUUUGUAUUAAGAACUCUGUAUUAAUAUAUAAUUAAUAUGUAUUAAUAUGUAAUUUAAGACUUUACUGUACAAUUAAGUGUCGCAAACUUACAUAAAAUAGUUUGCAUAUUACUCAAUAAUAUCUCUGUGUACAUACAUACGUAUAUAUUAUAUUAUGUAAGAAAAUAGCACAAAAUACAAAUAAUAAUAAAAAUAAAUUUAUUGUUAUUAAAAAAAAUCCACCUCAUUACGAAAAUUUUAAUUUAAUUGUAGGGAUUUUUUCGGAUACUUGCAACACUAAAAAAUGGCGCGAAUUUAAAAAAAUAAAGUUAUAAUUGUAUUCAUGAUUAAAAUGGAAGAUACCAGUUAUAAGUGAUGUCUUUAUUAGUUCUUUUUUUUUUUUCGUUUUAUAAUUAUUACUCCAUUUUAUUGCGUAAUAACUAGUUUUAAUUAAAUAUAGACACAUCAAAAUACGUUGUAAGUAUAACAAUAGUAAUAAAAACGUUUUGAUAAUUAGCUGACAAAAAGUUGACCCGUUUUUAAAGCUCGAGGCCCUAUCUAUAUAAUCUAAGUUUAAUACUUAAUAUAACAGUAAAACUACGAUUACAAUCAUAGAAUUUACAAUAAUAGUAACAUUCUAUAAAAUAAUACGCGAAUUUUACUGACAAAUCUACUAGUGAUUUGCAUUUGAUAUUCUGUAAAUAAAAAUGGAACACAAUGCUGUUUCUUAAAAGUAACAUCGUAUUGAAUUGGUAUAAAUGUACUAACCAUCCUUAGAAACUCACUUUCGUUUUCAAAACUCCUUUCACUUGACAAUCGAAACUUGUAGAAUAUAGAAAAUACAUAACGUGAAUAUUUAAGUUAAAUGAUACUGAAAACGAAAUUUACUGUGACUUCAAUACAAAUUUCUACAGAAUAAUAUUGUAGAUUAAUUGAUUUAUAUAAUUUUGGAUUACAAACGGUAGUUUCCAUCUUGAUUUAGUCAUCGAAAAUUCAUCUAAUAGCAGUGUGACCAUUUGUGACAGAUUUCUGCCAUUUUUAUUUUUAAAAAAGAUGUGUUAAAAUUUUUACUCGGUUAGUUUCAUGGGCUUCUAGAAUGACGUACACACUGCUUUGAAUUGUUUUUUAUUACAAAAUUCUAAUAACAGCGGUAGCCAUGUUAAAAAAUGUCCCUCUGUGAACCUAAUCAUUGAGAUAGCGUUUUGGCGCGCGAGAGACGCGGCGCGGUCUCUGAUUGGCCUACGCGACGCAUGCGCCUAGAGUUACUUUUUCGGGCACGCGAGUUUCGCGGAGUUUGGCACGAAUCUGCCACAGACAAAAUUUAGGAGCGAAAUUUGGCAAAAUGGCAGCAAUCUGUCACAAAUAGUCACACUGUCUAAUAGUAAAUCUUUAAUGUAAUAAUAAAUCAAGUACGAUUUUGUUUUGCGUUAAAAUUUUAUGUAAUAAUAAAUGUUUAAUGUAAUAGUAUAUAGGAAAUUACAUUCAUUAAUAAAAUAAAUACUUUUUUUUUUAUUUUGGACUACGAAUAAAUGUAAUUUUGAUCUCAAUUGUACUCUAUUGAUGUUUUAUGUAACAGUAAAUAGGAUAUAACGAAUUCAUUCUAAAAUAAAAUCAACUACUAACAUAUUAAUUGAUUGGUUUUAUUUUGGAAUUGCAAAUGAUUGUAUUUCUGAUAUCGAUUCAAUCAUCGAUGUGUAACUAAGUGUUAACAGGUAAUAACAAUAAUUAAUUGUGCUAAGAAUAGAUUAAAAAACACGUUUUCGAUGCGAUGUCGCAUUGUGAACCUGGCUGUAAUACACGAAACCAUCACAUGUUUUUUUUUUUGUUUACUUUCAAUGCUCGUAAUAUUUUUUAUGUUACAAUAUUUUGUAAAAGGACAGGUCCGUUUGACUAUAGAACUGACAUAUUUAUACUCACUUACGUACUCAAAGACAUAACCUAUAUCUAUCACCAGCGGAUACAAAUACAGGAUCCAAAAAAAGUAGCAAUAUAGUACAGUGCAUGAGAUUUCAACAGUACGGUCAUAGUAAAAACAAUUACAUGAGACCCUUUCGAUGCGUUAAAUGUGCCGGACCUCUCAAAACUACAUAUUGGAAUAUCGGGAAAAAUGUUCCAGCUCUACGUGCGCUUUGUUCAGGGCAACAUCCAGUUAAUUACAAAGGAUGUCAAGUUUACAAAGAAAUAAGAGCAAGAAAGAUGAAAAAAACACUCAAGAGAUCGCAAAAUCCUAAUAAACUAAUUGACAUAACAAAUAAUAAAUCGGAAUACCCACCAUUACGUAAAAUAAACAAGAAACAUGAUCCAAAAGAAGAAGUUUAUAUGAAAGAGACCCAGAAUAAAAUAAUACCUGCAUACAGCGAGAUAGUAAAUAAAAUAGAAACUAAUUUUAAAGUGAACACACGAAAAGAUCAAAAAACAAGAACAGAUGACUCUAUCUAAGUCACAGAGAAACAACCGUACCGACUGUGAAGGUAACGCAAGUAAAAUAAAUUCACAUGAAACUACCACCUUACAUAGAAUCGAAGAGCUAUUCUUGAAAGAGUCAGAAAAAGUCGACCGUAUCUUAGAAAUCAUGACUUCACUGAUGAAUCUUGUCACAAAGCUAAUCAGUAAGAAUGUCUAAAAUGGAUUUAAAAAUAGCAACAUGGAACAUAAACGGCUUACUAGAUGAUGCGACAUUUUAUAUAACCAACCUAAUACAAGAAGCAUGGCGUUCAUCCCUAGACCUGGAGGAAAAAGAUCAGGCACCGUAUAUAACAGUAGAGAUACGGGAAAAAAUUUGUGAAAAAAGAAGACUACGUAAAAAGUGGCACCAAAAUAGGAAUAUGUUUGAUAAAAAAGCCUAUAAUAGAUCAGCGAAAGAACUUACGUUGAUGAUUGAUUUGCAUGUGAACAAUAACAAGGAUAACAAGCUUAAAAGAUUAUCUUCCACAAAAAAGGAUAAUUAUUCAUUGUGGAAAGUGACGAAAAAUUUUAAAAGACCAAUUCAACACAUACCACCACUUAAAACAAAAGCUAAUACGUGGGCCCAAACAGAUGGAGAAAAGGUUCAAUUAUUUGCUGAACACUUAAGGGAAGUCUUCACUGCAAACCAGUCAGAUAUGAUAGGAUUUAAGGAAGAAAUAGAUAGGCUCUUGAAUAGUGAUCAACAACUUUCUCCUAUGUUGAAACGUGUCACACCUAGGGAAACAGCGGGAUAUAUGCGCUAUCUAAAAAAUAAAAAAGCACCAGGCUAACUUGAUAACAGGAGAAGUGCUCAAAAAACUGCCCAGAAAGGCUGUGGUAUUCUUGACUAUGAUAUUUAACGCUAUCUUUAGAUUGUAUUACUAUCCUGCGCUCUGGAAAGUGUCACAGAUGUGCAUGGUUCGGAAACCCGAAAAAAGUCCCAAUGAAGUUACAUCAUAUAGACCAAUAAGUCUCUUGCCUACAAUGUCAAGUCUUUGAAAAAAUAUUACUUAAUAGAUUGAGACCAGUCCUAAAUGAGAACAAAAUCAUACCUAAUCAUCGGUUUGUAUUUAAAGAAAAACACUCAAAAAUUGAACAGAUGUAUAGAGUUAUACAAAAAGUGAGAGAAUCGUUUGAAAAAAUAGAUUAUUGCUCUGCUGUAAUCCUCGAUAUAAAAGAAGCUUUUGACAAAGUAUGGCACAAGGGGUUGUUAUAUAAACUUAAAACACAACUACCUAAUUCAUUUUAUAUGAUUUUGAAGUCUUAUCUUGCAGAUAGAAUAUUCCAAGUUAAAUCUGGUGAAGCUUAUUCAAAAUUCUACAAUUUAUGUGCGUCGGGCCCGCAAGGGUCCGUUCUUGGACCUGUACUAUAUUCUAUAUAUACGGCGGACUUACCUGUGACAAACGAUAUAACAAUAGCACUUACGCUGAUGACAACAUGCUUGGCAAGUGACACAGACGCCCAUGUGGCAUCACAGAAAGUUCAAGCACAAUUAGAUCAAGUUGGUUAUAAAUGGCGAAUAAAAUGCAGUACAGAGAAAUCCCACCACAUUAUAUUCACAUUAAGAAAGGGAGAUGCAACACCGGUGCAAAUGAAGGGACAAAAACUACCAAAAGUAACAAGUGUUAAAUAUCUGGGAAUGCAUCUCUGCUUGCUCAGUAGCCAGACAUUGAAAUUUUUAUUUAUUUUAAACGCCUACUUGAGAUUGAGACUCAGAAUAUUGCAACCGGCUUCUCUUUCCGCACCGUUAAAAAUUUUUAAAGUUUGUUAGUAGGGGAUUUUUACACCCUAACUGAAAAUGUACCGAACGGUCCUGUCUGUAGAGGUGAAAUUGUCUAUCGUGCAGGUCGUAUAUAUAUAUAUAAUUUUAUUGUCAACUUCAUUUUUUUAGUCACUAGAACCAAAUACUGUUUUAUUACAAUUUAUUAUAUACUAAUAUUAAAUACUUGUGAUUCAUGUGAACGAAAAUUAUGCGGUAUGUCAUUCCCAAUGUCACAUUCAAAGACUGAUUUAUGUACGAAUGCACAGCGCCGUACAAACAUUGUCAAACAUUCAAUUGUAUGAGACUUUAUUUUGUAUUUUUCCCCUAAAUCAUAUCUUUGGUGUUAAUAAAUAAGCCACUGGUUGUACAUAUAUUUCUUUUAUUUCCUCUUAUUAAAUGUAUAACAUAAUAAUUACAUCAUACUAGUUCUGAUUGGAAUUCAAGUAUAUACAAAUACAAAACAAUAAACUCUUUAAACGUAACAAUUUUAACACGUCGACAACCCUGUAGUGAGUUGUUAUAUUUUGCAUGUUGUAGUAUGGUAGAAGAGGCAAAAUGCUGGGCCAUCUUAUACGACAUGACGAUUUUUUAAAGAGCAAAGUGGACACUGGUGCCUUGCCAGUGUAUACCAUUAGCGGAGGCGGGCCAUACCAUUGCAUUAUCAUCCAUUAAAAAAAAACCCUCCAAAUUCAAGUCUGAGCCUUCUCGCACUGAGAGUGUAAUAUUAACCGACUAGUAAAUUUACAUCGGUGGAUUAUACAUGGCCAAUCCUAUAAUGAUAUAGUCAAGUGUUACACCUUCUCCCCCCCCCCCCCCUUUGCUCUGCUGAAAACUACUCCAAUAUUAAACAAAUUUUCCUGUUUAUCAGUAAUAUUGUUUACCAAAUAAGAAGAAAAACUUUCACUACAGAGUUAUCGGCGUACUGUAAUCACAUGUGGCAACAUGUACUUAGCAUAUACAUUGACGAGUGUACUGCAAAUGGCAACAGCGACUUUGUACGGUCUGCUAUCAUCCGACAAUUGAUAUAAUUUUGUUGUACUAAAAUGCUGAGUUAUGAGAUCAAAUAUACAUUUAAAUAUUAAAUUACUUUUUUUUUAUAUAUAUAUUGUUAACUCUUGCUAUAUAUUUACGUCUAGUACUUCACCAACGUUCUACAAUGCCGAAGGAAAGUAGAUUUUUAGUUACUUAACCAUUUCAUAAAAGGUCAAAUUUUAACUAUUAAAAUAUUCUAUUUUUUUUUUUUUUUUUUUGCAUUAAAUAUUCAGUUCGGAACAAAACAUACUUAAAACAUGUGUAGGUCCUAGUCCAUACAAAUAAAAAAAUAGCAAUAGAAUUAAUAUAAAGUUAUAAAUUCAUCUUGCUCACUCAGCACGCACGGUGAUUAAAUGCAAGUGAUAUCAAGCCGUUCUUUUUACAAAUCUGACGUGACGUGACGUGCGUAGAGGUGUUCUUUUUUUAAAUAUUUUACUAAAUUAAAUUUUAUUUUCAAGUAAUAUCACUGGUUGAUUAAAAUACUACAUUUUUUUUUUCUAGUAAACUGGGUACGAAAUAUAUUCCGCGGAUUCUUGCAAUACGUAUUUAUAUUUUAUACAUGGUUUGAUAUGAAAAUAUCAGCCAUUCUAAACCGUCUGCAUUUAAUUACAGUGUAUGCUGUGUCUUAACCCUUAAAUACCUGAAGUUUUAAAUUUGAUACCGGGGUUUGCAUUGUUUCAUUGUUAAAUAAAUUUAAAUAUUUUGAUUACCGUAAUGCCUAAAGUGUCAAAAAUUAUACCAAAUGUUUUUUUUUU